GUCAGCCAUUUUCUGUUGUUUCCCAGCGAAAGGCCAAUUUCUUCCCAUCAUCAUUAUUAUUAUUAUUAUUAUUUCUUCAAACCCUCCCCCCCCCUAAAGAGGCUCGGGUGGAGGUGAGACCCAGAGGCGGCUGCAAGACAAGCUUCUAGGAUCGAUCGCUCGGAAGGAGGAUGGCUCGUACCAAGCAGACUGCCCGCAAGUCCACCGGUGGGAAGGCUCCGAGGAAGCAGCUGGCGACGAAAGCCGCGCGGAAGAGUGCCCCGUCGACCGGCGGCGUGAAGAAGCCCCAUCGUUACCGCCCGGGAACAGUGGCUCUCCGAGAAAUCAGACGCUAUCAGAAGUCCACCGAGCUGCUGAUCCGCAAGCUGCCCUUCCAGCGCCUCGUUCGUGAAAUCGCUCAGGACUUCAAGACUGACCUGCGCUUUCAAAGUGCUGCCAUCGGGGCCUUGCAGGAAGCGAGUGAAGCCUAUUUGGUGGGACUGUUUGAAGACACCAACCUGUGUGCUAUUCAUGCCAAGCGCGUGACCAUCAUGCCAAAGGAUAUACAGCUUGCUCGUCGCAUCCGCGGGGAGCGCGCUUAAUCCUAUCGCCAUUGGGGGCGAGGGAGAGCAGGAGGGGAUGGGGGGGGGGAGGGGGAGGGAGUGAGCCAUUGAGGAGAGGAUCACCAAUUCAUCACAACUUUUAACUACACAUCUUAAAUUAAGCCUCCUGUCGGGCCGUAGCUGGCGGCUGCCUAUUUUGUUCAAUGGGGGAGGGAGGGUUGGUGGAAGGGGGUGGCUGGUGUGCAAGGCGAGAGUGUGGGGAUGAAGGGCUGUGGAGGAGGGGGUGAGGGAGACUGGGACGGGUGUGUGUGUGUGUCAGGGGUUCUAUGAUUGGAGAGGUUCGAAGGCGCUGGGGAGGCAGGUGCUGUAAUCUUCAUAAACAAGCGCUGGAUUUAAGCGUACAUGAUUAUUAUUUUUUUCCCCAGUGUGGCAAGAUGAAAUCAAAGUGGAUUUAUGAUUUUUUUUUUCUCUCUCGUUUCCAGCAGUGCAGCUUUGAAAAUACUUUAAAACAAUUUUUUGAAUAGCGCCAGCAUUUUUUUUUUUAUAUAUAGGACAAAUUUCUUAUCAGAUCUGAAAUAUAAAAUUUAAUAUUUUUCAUAAAGUAGAUCCCAUUGUUUGCUUUACUUUUUAUAAGAGAUGUUUUGGUGUGUUUAGUAACUGUUUAAAUAUUUGUAUGUACUGUUCUGUAUUCAGUAAGGUUUUCCUAUUAAAGUAUUUGAAACCGUG